UAUACUGAAGAGUGAUCUCACCAUAUGCCUUGUGGUGGGAUUCAGCUUGCCACUACAAGAUGCACACAACGACUGCGGCUCCGCUCUUCCCAGAACACCAAACCUAAGGAUACAGGACUUUAUUCAAGAUCGACAGCGGGAUAAUCUGUAAGUUACGCCUCCCUUUUUCAUCUUUUGUGGAGACUGGGGGGGUUUGGUGCAGGGGACUCGAAGGAUACUGCUGCCUGUUGGUGCACAAAGACGCGCGGGUCCUUGUUGGAUUCAGUCUGCAGUCCACUUACCACCAACUGCAUUGCCACACAACCGUGGGAAGAGAAUGUGUGUAUUAUGAAACUCAGCGCCCGCCUGGAGCUUUUCUUCUCAACUCUUUGUGGAUCAUCACGCUUACGUCCGCAUGUGGAGUGCAGAUCAUCACUCUUUGAAACAACUACAAUGUGGUGCGCAAAGUAAAGUGGAGGAAAUGUUGCAUCCCAGCGCAGUGGACUGGCAGGACUGUGACUUCCAGAGCUUGCCCGCCGACCCGUGAACGCCGCACUCGAUGUGGCGCUUGUCGCUGUCCGACGCACUUGUGGUGCUGAAAUUUGGAUGAUGCCCAGCCUGCGACUGCAGGGCUGCCGCUCCCUGCACCUGAACGAGGACAACGGCCGCUUCGUCCUGCUCGCCCUGCUCAUCCUGGUGUACCUGCUGUGCGGCGCUGCGGUCUUCUCAGCCAUAGAGAGGCCCUCGGAGCUGCGGGCUCACGGCCGCUGGAAUGGGACGCUCCUCAACUUUAGUGAAACCUUCAACAUCAGCCUGCAGGAGCUCAACUCUUUCCUGCGGGAGUACGAGGCCGCCAUAGCCGCCGGGAUCCGGGCUGACGCUCUGAGACCGAGAUGGGAUUUUACAGGAGCUUUUUAUUUUGUUGGAACUGUGGUGUCAACUAUAGGGUUUGGGAUGACGACGCCUGUGACAAUUGCAGGGAAGGUGUUCCUUAUUUUUUACGGACUUCUGGGCUGUGCUGCCACUAUCCUCUUCUUUAACCUUUUCCUGGAGCGCAUCAUCACUCUGCUGGCUGUAGUGAUGAAGGCCGUGAGGGAGAGGAGAAUCAGGAACAGUGGUCUCCUUCCGCCGGGGAUCCGACAUGACUUCUCGGCCUACUCUCUCCCGGGAUGGAAGCCUUCCGUCUAUCACGUGAUGCUGAUUCUGGGACUGUCGGCCAUUACCAUUUCCUGCUGCGCAUCGGCCAUGUACAGCCCAGUGGAGGGCUGGGCCUACUUAGACUCGCUCUACUUCUGCUUCGUCACCUUCAGCACCAUUGGCUUCGGAGACUUUGUCAGCAGCCAGAGCGCCGCUUAUGAAUACCAAAGCCUCUACAGGGUGGCCAACUUCUUCUUCAUGUUAAUGGGUGUCUGCUGCAUCUACUCACUCUUCAACGUUAUUUCCAUCGUCAUCAAGCAGGUGCUCAACUGGAUGCUGGAGAAAAUGAGCUGUUUGUUUUGCCAACGUUGCAAUAACGCCAACGCCUUCCUAGGGAGGCGAAAUGCCAUCCGCCCAGGCUCCAAGGGUCGCAAGGGUCGCUUCAACCAUCAGCCAGAAUCAGACGGGCCUUGCGAUAGUGACACUGAGGGACGGAGACUAUCAGGGGAAAUGAUCUCCAUGAAGGACCUGGCGGCAUCGAACAAGGUGUCGCUGGCAAUCAUGCAGAAGCAGCUGUCUGAGUCUGCCAACGGAUACCCCAGGACGGUCUGCGGCAGCUCCCGCCAUAACGGCUUCUCUGGGGGAGUCGGGGCGCUCGGCAUCAUGAACAACAGACUGGCAGAGACAAGUAACUCCAGGUAGAACGCAGAGAGAGGCUGAAAACAAAGCAUUCAUGCUCCUCUCAAGCCUCACUACAGAACUUUGACAUGCUAAUGAAAGGAUAACUUGUUAUGCAUGAGAUAUAUCGUUUUUACUCCUGACUGGGAUUACAAACCUGCGGUGAGGAUGGCAGCAUGAAGAGAGAAUCACAGAGCUGAUCUUAAAGCAUGGUGAUCAUAUUCUAGACCUGAAGCCCUGAAAUAAAACAAGUCACUAAAGAGCUUGGCUGGAAUCCUUUGGUGCAGUCGGUCAGCUCAUUGGACGUUUUAUGGCUGAAUCAUUGAGCUGAACAGAAACCAAGUGAAGCAAACUGCACAGUUUUUACUGUCUUGGGGUGUUGCCAGAUCAUUUGAAUGUACAUAUUGGAUGCUGACGAAAACAAGUAUAACCACUGAAUGAUAUAGCACAUACUGAUCUAUGCAUUACACUUCUCGUGCAUUUUUGCACCAUUUCUCAACCUUCCAUAUUUUUCUCCCCUACCACAUCCUUUUGGUGAUGACUGAUUUCUUUUCCGGGGGCCAACAGUGAAAAGUAGACUUUCACCGCAUGGCCCUGAUGUAGCUGAUUAAAACAGGGUUGCAGCAUAGGAUGCCUUUCCAGUGCUACACCAAUGGGAUAUAAAAGGUUAUUUCCUCUCUCCGCAGAUGGAAGAAAGGCAAAAGAUGAAGAAUGAAAAUCUAUUUUGUGUUAGAGAGGGACUGGCUUUCCUAUCAGCUAUAAGCACAUGUUUGAGUGGCCACAGACAUUGACUUGUCAGGUAAAAGAAGGCACCAUCCAAAUCUUUCUUUCUCUUUACCAUAUAUGUUAGGCUUAACAGCAAGCAUAAUAAAGAGUCUUAGUGUUUAAAUAGUUAUUGAUUGCAAUAUCUUAAAAGUAUUUACAAAACAAAAUAAAUGAAAAAACAUACCGAACACAGGUUGAAUAUGCUGAGGAGAUACAUUCAAGUGCAAAAGCUUAGUCAUAAAUUUGUUUCUGAUUUCAAAAUGUGUCAGAUUCAGUGCCUUGCAAAUGUACUCUCACCGCACAAAAAGUUUAUUAUAGUACAACCACAAACUUCUAUGUAUUUUGUAGGGAUUUUAUGUGACUGACCACAGCAGUGCAUACCUGCAAAGUGCAAGGAAAUCUUUUCAAAUGAAAACUGAUUUAUUCUACCAGGUCAGGAAUAAAGUUAUGAAGAAGUUUAAAGCAGUGAUAGAUUAUAAAUCAUAGGAAGCUCUGUUCUAAUCCAUCAUCUGAAAGUUGGAAAAAAUAUUAAUCGAGGAGAGCAUUAAUUGGAAAAGCGGUCAAGACAUCUGGGGAUAACUCUUGAGGAGAAUCUGUUCACAAGAAAUUAUCAGCUGUGCCCUUCAGAAAUCUAGUCUUUUUGUUUGAAUAGGAAAGAUAUUAAAUACUUUUAGAAAAGACCCAGUUGUUUGAAAAAUCACAAAGUAUUCAAAACCAGUGAACCUGGGUCAGAUAAAAGAGAGAGAGUGGAGCAUCUCCAGGCAGCAGAGUCUUUCUACCUUAUGAUUUAAAUAAGAACCGAUGACCAACACAGAGGCUGAAGGAAGAAAACUUUCUCAAAAAACUAUAUACACAUGACAAAAUCUGCAUUCAACUUCAAAUCUUCCAGUAGAUCCAGCAGACUGAGUGGUGUUGUUGCAACUUUUACAGUCCAGCCACAUUCAUAAAUAUUACAGCUUUGCAAGACUUAUUAAAGAAAGUUUCUCAUUCUUGAUGUUUUAUGUUCGCUGCUCUUCAGAGGGGCACCUACAGAUUUUUGAUGAUGUUUAGCUUGGGGACUCAGCAUCUCUCUAAGAAAAGGUUCCCUGCAGCAAAGUCCCCGCAGCAGGAUCGAUACAUACCUACUACCAGGAGUCAGAUGUUUUAUGAAUACCUGUGUUCUUUAUUCUACGGGCAAACCUUUGUUUGCCAUGAUUUAAAUCUGAAGCUUUAUUCUUACAGCUCUUGAAAACUCAUUUCAUUUGCUUCAGCUCUCAUUCAAAUCACCUUAUUGUGAAGGUACUGUUGGAUAACAUUGAGUCCUCUAUGCAGUCUGGCUUUGAAAUUCUUGUUUCUAUGAGAUAUUUAUGUGUUAGAGAUAUGAAGCCAUGCGAUGUUUGGUGUUCAGAAGCAUCGACUCAACAGAGGAGGACACAUUUAUAGCUGAACUGUGUUGGUGACAGUGAUGUGGGUAACGGAGGAGGGGGGGGGGGUGGCAGCAGAAAGUUGCAGCGGCGUUAAUCGACCCCUUCCAGAUCCAGAUUCAUGCUCAAUGCAAAUUUACAGCCACAGGUUCACCCACUGCCGCCAUCUAUCUUCAACAUCUAACGUCCCUCAAUGAACUUUGUGGGGGGGUUUUUUUCUUUCCUGUGUUUCUCCUUCAUCUCUCCUUUCACUUUGCAUGCACUGAAACAAACCCCCUCCUGCUUUCUUUUCUUUGCAGAUCUGCUGCUCCUGCUCUUACACUGUGAAUAACAGGCAUGUCAUAAAUGUAUAUAUGUAAAGAACUGGAAUGUCUUUUAAAGACCGUUCACAAUAGGGUGUGGACUGAAUUCGAAGCUCUGAGUUUUACUGCAUAGAUCGGGAUAAUUUCCUUUGCUCCCUAUAGUCUCACCAAGAGGAAUAGAGAAAAUGACUCAGGUAGUUAAAUUUUCAGGCCUGGCUUAGUUUUUUUUUUUUUUUUUUUUUUUUCCUGCAUGCCAUUAUGGUAAAGCCAUAGCUGUAUAUAAAACAGAGUACUGUUUCAAAUCUAUUUUUCUACAUAUAGCUCAAAUAUCUACACAUGGAACAAAGUCUCUGCUUCAACUUGUCUGUCUUACGGUCACUCAGCAGAAAAAAUGGAAUAAAACAACCAGAAUUUGUCCAUCCUGCAAAAGCAUGAAUACGAAAAAAAGAAUGAGAGCAAAACAUUUCAAAAUGUACAGAAUUUGUUGCGUUUGUUACUGUUUUUCAUUGGAACAAGUUUAUAUUUUAUAUUUCCCCAAAAAGCAGACUGAUGUUGAGGUGGAGAUGUGUUAAAGCUUACAGCAUCAAUACAGCAGUGAACUUACACACCCCUAAAAUGUUUUAGCAGUCAUAUGGAUAUUCUGCACCAAAUUAUAUAUAGAAUCUACUGAUGAUUUCCCUGGUGCAAUUUGUCUCCAAGGGUUUGAAGGAGUUGAAUUGCUGACACCUCUUUAAAACAAUCAGUACAGAAUAAAUAAUGUUAUAUAUGAACCCUCACCUUUCCUCUAAGAACUAAGGUUAAAGUGGCAGAGGUUUCAUUACUUCCUUCAACAGUACAUCUAUAUAAUCAGCUGCUGCAUAUCCAUAACCUCACUCUCUGAAAGGAUGAAAUUCUUUAGCAUUUUGUGCCGUCAGAUCAUACUACACAGGACUGAAAAAAUACUACUUUGAAUUUUUUCUUAAAUAUAGGCCACUGCUCUACUGAAGAUGUUUAAAUAAAUAUGAUCAUGUUUUAAUCUGCAAUUUUUCUGAAACUGAAACAAGUCAAGCUUUUUAAGAUACAAGCAGUGGCUUUCAGAUAUUUGCAUAGACUCAUCGUGAUAUGACUACAGCAGUUUAAUGAUUUUUAUUGUCUACAAAAAACACAAAAAUGCACCUUAGAUGAUUUUUAAAAGCAGGAAAUUUACUUUGAACUUAUUGUGGAUUUUCUAUAAUACACACAGUAAAAAUAAUUUAAAUAGAUGCUUGAAUAUAUACAUACAUACACCCCCAGUAAUCAACCAGAUUAUAUAUAUAUUUGUAGCCUGUACUUAAAAUUCAGAUUCUGUAUGGCUUAAAAAAAAAGCCAUUCAGGAUAAUGGGAAUUUCAAUUACUAUUUUGUGUAGCAAUUCCGCCUAAAAAAAAAAAGAACUGCUCAAAUCAAUCAUCGGAGGCUUGAAAUUCAAAUGACAUUGAGGUCUAUGGUGAGUGUAUGUAGACUUCUGGCUGAUGCUGUAGUCAUAUCAAGAGUAACAUUUGGUCACCUUAAAUGCAUGUGUGGCUUUAAAUCAAUUGCCUUACUGACGUCAUUGCAUAUAACAAACACUUUUCUUUUUUUAUGACAAGUAGAGCUUGUGCAAGUCGUACCUCACAAUCCUUUUGCAGUUUGCAAAAUUGAUUUCCAUUGAUUACAAUGGUUCUAAUGGCUCUGCUGUUCACUGUAUCUUCUGUGAGAGAAAACAGUUGGUCUUUAAGCGUCGUUGGUGUUUGGCUGCAACAGGAACGCUUCUGAAUUUGGAUAUCAAUGUGUUUGCGUUUUAAUUAAUUUAUUCAUGCUCUCAAUAAAUCUUAUAAUUAAAGUGAGACGAAGCAAAAUUCAAAAGUGGGAGCCGUAAAACUUGCCGCACAACAAAGCAGGUCCUGGUGGCAGUGCUGCAUGAGCUGCUCCAAAGUUUUCGGUGUGAAUUCAGGCUUGUACUGUUGGAAAUGAUCACUGACACUGUUUAUUUCCUGUAAACACAUAUUGCGCUGUAUUCACACGGCUCCGUAGGCAGCGGCUCUUCAUUAAAAUGUCAUGCUUCCGUGGCAAGCACGAUAAUAAAACAAUUAGCUUGACACAUGCUGUUAGUGUGUAAUUUGUUGACGCGGUUGACGGAGCGGUGGCAGAAUUAUCUUUUAUUUAGCGUUUCCCUCCAUAAUCACAGUGUGAUGCAUAACAAUUUGCUCUCUUGGAUUUCAGGGAAGAACGAGUGUGUUAGCUUCUUAGUGUUUAUGACAUUAAGUUGGUUGAAAGUCAUAUCUGUUAGAUCUAUUCUCCAUUGUACAUGGCUGCUCAAAACUUUAAAAGUUGUACUGAUUUUAAUUUUCCAAAUUUAAAGGACAUUUGUGCCUUUCUUCUUCUUUUUCCCACAAAGGCAGAUGAUUUGGAGCCACACUCUUGAUUUAGAAACUCUGCCAUCUUACUUUAACCUGUGACUGUACUCACCUCAGCACCAUUUCAUACCUCAGUGUGUCUCAUGUUGCUUGCUUCAUGCUGUAACAUCCAGUUAAUGUAUGCAAAUUAAUUCAGUUUGCAAGAUGCACAUUUAUACAAAUGAUUGUACUUUUAUAUUUAUGUAACGGAAAAUAAAACCUAUAUGAGAUGAGAAAG